UUUAUCAUCUCCUUCCUGUUGACAGGAAUCCUCAACGUGAUUAACUUCCAGGACCAUUACCCGCCAUGGAUAUGAUCCUGGUUUUCUACUUCCUCUUCCUUUCUCUUAUCUCUCAAAUCCAAUCCAUACCCACCCUCACCGCCAACCCGAAAACCUUGUCUAAAUCGGGUGAUUCGGUUCUCAUUCAAUGGUCCGGCAUCGACUCACCAUCGAAAUUCGAUUGGCUCGGCCUCUACUCACCUCCCGAUUCAGCCCACGACAACUUCAUCGGCUACAAGUUCCUUUCGUCUUCCCCCACUUGGAAAUCUGGGUCGGGCUCCAUUUCUCUUCCCCUUACCUCCCUCCGAUCUAACUACACAUUCCGGAUCUUCCGCUGGACCGAAUCCGAGGUCGACCCGGGGUUCCACGACCAGGAUCAUAAUCCCCUCCCUGGCACGAAACACUUGCUGGCGGAAUCCGAGGCGGUGAGUUUCGAAUCGGGUCGUGGGCCCGAGCAGAUCCACUUGUCGUUGACUGGUCGGGAUGGGGAGAUGCGGGUGAUGUUCGUUGCGGGGGACCCGGAGGAGAGGUACGUGAGGUACGGAGAGAAGGAAGGGGAAUGGGGAACUGACGUGGAGGUUGCACGUGUCGGGAGGUACGAUAGGGAAGACAUGUGCCACGCGCCGGCGAAUCAGAGCGUCGGCUGGAGGGAUCCCGGUUGGAUAUUUGACGCUGUGCUGUCGGGUUUAAAGGAUAGGGUGAAAUACUAUUAUCAGGUUGGAAGUGACUCUAAAGGUUGGAGCGCGACACACAGCUUUGUGUCACGGGACAAAAAUUCGAACGAAUCCAUAGCCUUCCUGUUUGGAGACAUGGGGGCUCCUACACCAUACUUAACCUUUAUUCGUACACAAGAUGAAAGCAGAUCGACCAUUAAGUGGAUCCUGCGUGACAUCCAAGCUCUUGGAGACAAGCCUGCUUUGGUUUCCCAUAUUGGGGAUAUCAGCUAUGCGAGAGGCUACUCAUGGUUGUGGGAUGAGUUUUUCAACCUAAUCGAGCCUGUUGCCUCCAAGGUGCCGUAUCAUGUGUGCAUUGGUAAUCAUGAAUAUGAUUGGCCUUCACAGCCUUGGAAACCUGACUGGGCCAAUUCAGUUUACGGAACUGAUGGGGGUGGUGAAUGUGGUGUUCCCUACAGCCUUAGAUUCAAUAUGCCCGGCAGCUCUUCAGAACCAACUGGAACCCGUGCUCCGGCUACCCGAAACCUUUACUACUCAUUUGACAUGGGGUCAGUUCAUUAUGUGUACAUGUCAACCGAAACCAAUUUCCUUCCGGGAAGCAACCAAUAUAACUUUCUGAAGCAUGAUCUAGAGUCAGUUGAUCGGAUGAAGACCCCUUUCCUUGUAUUUCAAGGGCAUAGACCAAUGUACACUACAAUCUUUGAAAGUAAAGAUGCCCCGUUGAGAGAGAGAAUGCUCGAGCACUUGGAACCUUUGUUUGUGAAAAACAAUGUGACCCUUGCAUUAUGGGGUCACGUCCAUCGAUACGAGAGAUUUUGUCCGCUGAAAAACUUCACAUGUGGAAGCAUGGGGCAGAAGGGGGAGGAUUGGGAGCCAUUACCGGUUCACGUUGUGAUGGGGAUGGGAGGACAAGACUGGCAACCAAAUUGGGAACCUAGACCGGACCAUCCAAACGACCCAGUCUUCCCACAACCCAAGAGGUCUUUGUACCGUGCAGGCGAGUUUGGGUACACUAGAUUAGUUGCUACAAGAGAGAAACUUACACUUUCAUUUGUAGGAAACCAUGACGGUGAGGUGCAUGAUAUGGUUGAGAUUUUGGCAUCCGGACGAGUUCUUAAUGGCGGUGACGAUGACAACGGUAAUGUUGGUGCAGUCCUUAAGGUUGAUGCGACGCAUCACUCGUUUUCACAUUAUGUCUGGGGUGGUAGUAUCUUGGUGCUUGGGGGUUUGGUUGGCUAUGUUAUCGGUUUCGUUUCACAUGGUUGGAGACAAGUUGCUCCGGGAAGGGGCUGGACUUCGGUGAAAACUCAGGAGACAUGAAGAGCUAAAAGAUGAUGUGUGUAAUUCGAAUUUUCAAACCUAUUUGCAGUGACAUUAUGGUGCUUUCAUGCUGUUUACAGGGUAUGUCAAAGGACAAUUUUUUAUGUGUAUAAUGAUUUUCAAAUUUAUACGUUUCA